GCGAUGAUACCUCUCAGUGAUGUCUCCAUGCUUGCUGUGGCAACCAUGUUGUUCUACGUUACGCUCAGCGUCUUCACAAUUCUGAACGUCGUGACGGGUGUCUUUGUAAACACAGCCAUCGAGCGUGCCAGCGCCGAUAAAGAGAUUGCAUCAUUGAAGACGCUCCA